GGAAUCAGGAACUUUCUGUAGUCGUGUGUUUCUAGACGGGAACAUUUAGUUGUCGUAACGACUCACUAGCAGUAUGUUAGAUUAGCAGUAGACAGCGUCUCUGUCUUUUACCAUUUUACUACAGUGUUCAUCCUUUGACUCGGCCUCCAUCUAUAGGAUUGAAGAUGGAAAUUGUCCCACAUUCCGACGACAGCACUGACCGGUCUGACCUGGUGGAUGUGGACGGUAAAAACAGCAAGUUUGUGCUCUGUCAACGCUGCGAUGCUAAAGUGCUGCGUCCGGGGAUUGCUGUGUUUACAGAGAAGGAGUUGUUCUUGCCCUCCAUGAAGAAAAAGAGUAGUCUCAACACCUCAGAAGGUUCACUGGAUGGCGACACACUGAUGACCCACUGGUUAGUGACUGACAUAUUCGAUUUUGAAAAUGUGGGCAUCACUAAAGAUGUGGGCAGGAUCAAGUACCUUAUCUGCGCAGAUUGUGAGAUUGGACCAAUCGGCUGGCACUGUUUGGAUGACAACACAAAGUUCUACGUGGCUUUGGAAAGGGUUAAUCAUGCAUAGUUUGUUUGCACAAGUAAUACAAUAAGUAGUUGAAGGUCUGUUAGCCUGUCUAUGUUUUAGUGUGGCAAUUUUAAUAAAAUUGUUGUUUUUUUUCAACCCUGA